AUGUUGAGAAAAUGUUAUUCAACAGAGCCGAACCCAUCUCCAUUUCAUUUUGCGAAUCACCCUCGGCGAGACCCGGACCCGGACCGGAGCACCAUCCGUCUCCGGCAUCUUAACCCGCCGUCCGUGCCCCGUCGCCCACUGCUCAUCCCCGCCGCGAUGGGGAGCGUAGACCUGGUGCUGAAGUCAGCGUGCGAGGGCUGCGGCUCCACGUCGGACCUCUACGGCACUGGGUGCAAGCACACCACGCUCUGUAGCUCCUGCGGCAAGUCCAUGGCGCUUUCCCGCGCCCGAUGUCUCGUCUGCUCUGCGCCCAUCACGAACCUCAUCCGGGAAUACAAUGUGCGGGCAAAUGCCAGCACAGAUAAGGCAUUCUCUAUUGGAAGAUUUGUAACUGGUUUGCCGCCAUUCUCAAAGAAAAAGAAUGCUGAGAACAAAUGGUCUCUUCAUAAAGAAGGCCUGCAAGGACGGCAGCUUACUGACAAAAUGCUGGAGAAAUACAACAGGAAGCCAUGGAUUUUGGAAGAUGAAACUGGUCAAUAUCAGUUUCAAGGUCACAUGGAGGGAUCACAGUCAGCAACAGCUACAUACUAUUUGUUAAUGUUGCAUGGCAAGGAAUUUCACGCAUUUCCUGCUGGUUCCUGGUAUAACUUCAGUAAAGUUGCGCAGUACAAGCAGCUGACUCUGGAAGAGGCCGAGGAGAAGAUGAACAAGAGAAAGACUAGUGCAACUGGUUAUGAACGUUGGAUGAUGAAAGCAGCUACAAAUGGGCCAGCUGCCUUUGGUUCAGAUAUGAUGAAACUUGAGCCUGCUAACGAUGGGGAAAAAGAAAGUGCUCGUCAUAAGAAGGGGAAAGAUAAUGAGGAGGGUGGUAAUUCUGAUAAAGGUGAGGAGAAUGAAGAAGAGGAAGCCGGUCGUAAAGAUAGGCUCGGGCUCUCUAAAAGGGGCAUGGAUGACGAUGAGGAAGGUGGAAAAGAUCUAGAUUUUGAUUUGGAUGAUGACAUUGAGAAAGGUGAUGACUGGGAACAUGAAGAAACAUUCACCGAUGAUGACGAGGCUGUGGAUAUCGACCCAGAGGAGCGGGCAGAUUUAGCUCCUGAAAUUCCUGCUCCACCUGAAAUUAAGCAGGAUGAUGAAGAGAAUGAGGAAGAAGGUGGCCUGAGCAAGUCAGGAAAGGAAUUAAAGAAGCUGCUUGGUCGUUCUUCUGGACAAAAUGAGUCGGAUGCCGAUGAUGAUGAUGAAGAAGAUGAUGAUGAUGAGUCAUCUCCAGUGCUUGCUCCAAAGCAGACGGAUCAACCAAAAGAUGAACCUGUUGAUAACAGCCCAGCCAAACCUACACCUUCAUCAGGACAUGCUCGUAGCACACCUCCUGCAUCGAAAUCCAAGCAAAAGAGGAAAUCUGGUGGUGAUGAUGCCAAAGCAUCUAGCGGUGCUGCUUCAAAGAAAGCAAAGGUGGAAUCUGAUACAAAAACAUCAAGUAUCAAAGAGGAGACACCAUCUUCCUCAAAACCUACACCGAAGGCCUCUGCUUCAUCAAGAAGUGCCAAUGUAUCUCCUGUGACAGAGGAUGAGAUCAGGACUGUUCUUCUUGCAGUGGCUCCUGUCACUACACAAGAUUUAGUCUCCAGAUUUAAGUCUAGACUACGAGGUCCAGAGGAAGAAGCUAUUGCUGUUAAUGACUUGGCAUCCAGGCUUGGACACAGUCACAAAGUCCACAAGAGUAUCGUGCAUCGGUGCAUGGACGCUAUCAGGCUCCCCAUCCACCACCUUCAGGACAAGAACGCCUUUGCUGAAAUUCUGAAGAAAAUUUCGAAGAUACAGAAGACUAAUGGCCACAAUUAUGUUGUCCUUAGAGAGGAUAAGAAAUGA